AUGAUUGUGGAGGAACAUGGCGUUGCUGGUGCGAGUCCUUGUGAGUGCAGGAGUACUUUUCUAGAGACGCAGGCGCGUCUCAGGAAGCAAACUAGCAUCUCCCAGUGGGUUCCAAUAUGCAGCCAACUGAUGUCAGUGUCUUCUACUCAAAGCCAGCGGAGCAAGACUCUGUCCAGCACUUCCCAGUGGCUCCAGAAGAAUCCGUCUGGAAUGUGUGUGGGAUCAGAACAGAUUGUUGGAAUGGACACACCGCACAGUAGGAAAUACCACAACACAAGUAAGCUGUCCACUGCCCGAGAUUCCCCACAGCCUGUUGAGGAGAAGGUUGGUCCCUUCACGAAGAUAAUCGAAGCCAUGGGGUUCACUGGACCUUUGAAAUACAGCAAAUGGAAGAUCAAGAUCGCGGCCCUCCGCAUGUACACAAGCUGUGUGGAGAAAACGGACUUCGAGGAAUUCUUUCUGAGGUGUCAGAUGCCCGACACAUUCAACUCCUGGUUUCUUAUAACCCUGCUUCACGUCUGGAUGUGUCUGGUCCGAAUGAAGCAGGAAGGCCGCACCGGGAAAUACAUGUGCCGGAUCAUCGUUCAUUUCAUGUGGGAAGAUGUGGAGCAGCGAGGCCGAGUCAUGGGGGUUAAUUCCUACAUCCUAAAGAAGAACAUGGCCCUCAUGACAAACAAUUUCUACGCAGCAGUCUUGGGAUACGAUGAGGGGAUCCUUUCAGAUGAUCACGGCCUGGCUGCUGCUCUCUGGAGAACUUUCUUCAAUCAAAAAUGUGAAGACCCUCGGCAGCUUGAACUGCUGGUGGAGUAUGUGAGGAAACAGAUGCAAUACCUGGACUCCAUGAACGGGGAGGAUCUGCUGCUGACAGGGGAAGUGAGAUGGCGCCCUCUGGUGGAGAAAAAUCCACAAAGCAUCUUGAAGCCCCAUGCUCCUACUUACAAUGAUGAAGGUCUUUGACAGACUGGUCCCUUCGGACAGCCAGCCGGUUGGCUGGCUCUGAGGAACCUCCAUGGAAGAAGUGCCUGUUUGCCCCAGGACCCUGAAGAAGGCAGCCUGGACUGACUUUUGAACAGCACCUGUUGAACACUCGGUCCAUUCGUGCUGAGUUUCUCCUUCCUGAGCCCAGGAGUCUGAUCUGGUGGGGGUGCUGCUGGGAGAUCCUCUUGCUCUUCUGAUACCUUCCCUCCCUCAAGAGAAGCCCCAAGCACACUUCCCACGCCCCUUCAGCAGCACACGUGACUGAGAGCUUUAUCUGAAGGCUGAGGAAGGGAUGGGUAGGUUAAAAAGGGGGUGCCUUCACCCAGGGCCCCCUGUGCCUGGAGCAGUUUGUAAUGUCCCUAAGUCAAUGCAGGUAACCAUAUACUGUUCCCCAUCUGUGAGCCAUGGGGUUGAAGUAGCCAUUAAAAAGAGAGAUUUAUUUCUGCCAUGGUUUUUCUUUGUUCCAAGGUCUCUUAGAAACAUAGGUAAAGCCCAGUGUAGUGGCCCAUGUAUUUAAUCCAAGCACUCGGGAGGCAGAGGCAGGUGAUGCUCUGCGUUCUAGGCCAGCCUGGUCUACAGAGUGAAUGUCAGGGGAGCCAGAGUUACGGAGAGGAACCUUAUCUUGAAAAACCAAGAGAAAAGAAAGGCGUAGGUGAGACUGUGGAUUCUCCAAGCUCAGGAGAUAACUCCAGCUCAGCUAGAGGCAGCAAGAGGAAGAGAGGAGGUCAGGGGCUCCCUGCUGCUCCUGUCUGCAGGUCACAAGAGGAGCCACUGUCUAGGCAAGGCACAGUCUGCCAGGCAUGUUCUCUGGGAUCCAGGAGGUCUCUGAGGACCAAGGGGCUUGUCACAUCCUAAGUCAUUUAGAAAGAACAAAAGUCCCUUUGUCACCCACGGUGAAGUGCAGAGGGAACACACACUCUUUCCUCACGUGGCCCCCCUCACAUGAGAUAGUGUGAUAAAGAGAACAUUCUCCUGGCAUGUUGGUACCAUCGCAAGCCUCCCCAGCUUCUAAAGCAUGUGCUGUAAUGGGAGCUGGAUCUGGGCACUCGAGGGGCCUGGUCUCUCUUCUCUGAGUCUGGCUCAUCUCUUGGAAGGUUUUCUGAAAUUGAGGAAUGGGGGUGGGGACCGUCUCGCCCCUCCCUUCCCCCUCCCAGCUUCCUUCAUUGAACUUGCUAUAAAAUGAGUCAUAUGAAGAAACCCUAUACUGUGAGGUAUGCGCCACUUCUGUGAAAACAUUACAAAUCAAGCCGCCUUCUCAGUUUAUUUAAGAUGCUUUUGUUGCAAGCGGGGCUCUGGAGUGAGGCGUCCUCUGUGGGUAUGAGAUAAUAGCACCUUGUAACUCAUUACAUCUGGGCACUAUUUACAUAAACCAGAGGCGAGCCAGGCAGGGAUUUGCUGAUUAAUUUAUUUUUAAUGGACUGAGGUAUGCCAUGCACCAAAAUAAACUUUACUGUGUGUACCUAA